AACACCACUCAUUUGAUCAUUCAAGGUUAAACUGAUGGGAUUUACUCCAUUUCAUUACUGAAACAUUUUAGUAAGCAGGCGUCCUUGCUUUGAAGUUUUGGAAAGGACAACAGUUGAUGAAGGAAGGCUGAUGAUGAAGAGGACGCCGAUGGUGUCAAUGAUUUUUAAAUAGUCUCAUCUUCCAAUGACAUGAUUUUGUUCAUUUGAAAUCAAGAGCAAUAAGCAAAAGCACUGGUCAACUAAACAAUUAAAACAUAACCCUAACUAACUAGAACCAGACAUACUCUCCAGUUUAACUAAUAAUUCCUAAUAUACACAUUUUAAUUGCCAGUUCACUGUUGGUUUCCUCUCCCUCUACAUAAUGGGAAGAGAAGAAAAAAAGCUGUGUGGCUCAGGGCAGCUCUGCAGUACUUCAAUCUGUUUGUGUAUAGACCGUAUAAACGUAAAUUGGCUCUCAACCAGAACAAUGCACAAAUGUGUAGAUCCUAACCUGCUAGGAAGGAAGGGUGUUGUUGUGCCACUGCUAUCCACAGACAGAAUAAAAGAUGGACACAGUUUGAGAAGUGAAGCCAACAUCAAACUGCCUUAAACCUGCGUUCUUUUCACUGGCCACAAGGGGCGAUACCUGUGGAUGCAAAAAAGAUUCCUACUUCUAUCAAAGUCUACUGCAAACGGGACCUCAGUCAUAACCUCAUCAGACACUUUCCUGAUGAGGUUAUAAGUUCACUCAGUCAUUUCAUGCCACACUGAAUAAAUCAUGAAGCCUAUUUUUGUGAUAUUUGGUCAUUCUAACAGGAAGAAUGAUCAUCAGGGGUAUGCUUACUGGCUAAUGAGUUGAGCCUGCAGUUGCACUGGGAGUUACACCCCUUGCUCAUCACAUUCAGUUUAAAACAGUCAUAUCAAGGCUUCAGAGACAAAACUUCAUAAACCAGUGGGUGAAGCCAAGGUGACUUUGUGCAUCUUUUGUACUGUCUCUGCUGCUAACAUUAGCCUAAACUGACCUUGUUUUUGCGUAACCUUCUACACAGUGCAAUUCAGCAACAUGUUACUUGAUUAUUGAAGAAUGUGAUUAGUGCAGGUAGGGUUGCAAAGCAGCAGAUUUGUAAAUCUGAAUAUAUUAUGAGCGCAUAUUGAAAACUUUUAUUCAAAACUUCAUAUCAAGCUCAUAUUUCCAUGUUAAAUAAUGAGCAACAGUCUGAUGAAUUAUGACAAUGGUAAACAGUUUUACACUACUGAACCCUCAUAUCUGGGUGACCCACUCAGACACAUUUGCUCUGAUUUCAAUUGUCUGGAAUAACUUAUGAAAAGCAAACAAGACGCCACAGAAGUACCGGGAUUGUGUCCUGAGGAAGAAAUUAUCAGAACAGAAUAUAGCUCCAAUCUUGUAGUAGCAAACCACACCUAUUGCCUCUUUUAAGCUUUAUAAAACCUUUUUCCAAAUCAUUCUCCUCAACCAAGGAAUCAGUUCCCAGAUGCAAGAGUUUCUGUAAUUCACCAGAGAUGUAAUUAUUUCCUCUUAGGAGGGCAUUCUUUGGGAGGGCAACAAGAUGGCUAAAAAAUUAAGCGAAUAGCUCAUGUGUAGCAAGCAGUCAAUGUAACAUCUAUUUUACUUAUGUCUACUACAAGUAAACGUUCUUUGUCUAGAUUUUAUUUAGUGUUUAUUGUGAGGUAGAAUUCCUGAAGGGGAAAUUUAGCCUCUAAUGCUUUAACACUUUCCAACAUAGAAGUGGUCAGUGGCUGCCAAAGAAAGGAAUGACCGACAUUUUUGAAAACGGCACAACAACAACAAGUCGACACUAAUACAAAGCCACAAGAACAGCCAUGAGGAAAAACAUAGUGCUUAAAGUUUACAGGGAAAGUUCAGAGUUUAGAUGUUUUUAUCUAACUGAUUUAAUUAAGAUUUGUAGUUAAUGGCCUAAAGGCAGAUUAUCUCAGCUUUCACAUUUUACCUAAAUGAGAUGGUCUACACUCACAGAAAGCAAAAUUAGAAGUACAUUUGUUUUAUUUUGGCCAACUUGUGAAACUGAAACUUGCUAACAGGCUUUUUUUUUUUCACUUAAACAGCUUCCCUUAUUCGAAUGACCCAACAUUAAGACAAAAUACACUCCAGCAGCAUCAAUAUGUUAAUCCAUUUGGAAUUUGCAAUAUUAGCUAUAAUGUCCUAAUAGACAAACAGUGUAGAAAUGGUUUAAAUUACAGAAAUCAUUAGCCCUAAAUCAAACUCUAAAGUAGAUUCUUGAUUGUCUAGUUUAUGAGGUGAAUUUGCCGCUAACUGGUGACAAAAAUGUAGUUGUAGUAGAGUGGCAACAAUGCAUUGGUCAACAAUGGAUUAUCACACAUAGAAUAAUUAUAGAAGUGUUUGUGUGAAUUGGUGAAUGGGACAUGUUGUCUUAAGCGCUUUCCUACUCUCCUGGAGUACUCAAAGCACUAUAUAAGAAUCAGUCCAUUUACAUGUAGCUGAGUAGGCAUCACAGCUGCUUAGACUGUAUAGAGUCAUGUAGUCUUCAUGGUUCAGUGAAUCCAUGAACUGUCAAGGAUACACCUGCUAGGUCUUGGCUUAAGGCACCGGAGUAUUGCAGCAGUAUUUGGUGAAGUCAGUAACCAAACAGUCUAAUUAGUUUUGAGACAUUCAGUCUUGAAAUGUGGACUUUCAAAGAGGCAGACAAAUAAAAGCCACUUAUCCACGUGACUCCAAUGUAGAGUUAAUUAAAUCUGCCCCAACAACAAUAACUACAAAUUCAUUUACUUUGAUGGUACAGAUGCAGAAUACCCCUUAUUCCCAAUUAGCUGAUAUUGGUCUUCCUGCAUUUGACUUCAUCUUACAAACUACCCUGAUGUGCUUCCGGCGAUUGUUUAUUUCCUAAAGCUAUUCAAUGCAUUUCUACACGUAAUCCUAUAUAACUGAAGUAAAUUUACAGUUCAAACACCCAUGUGGUAGAGUUAUUGAAUGUUAUGUUAUCGAAACAUUUCCCUCAUUGUUCCUUCUCAGCUGCUUUUCCAAUACAUACAGUCAAUAUAAAAAUACAAAGCUAUUGUGUGGCGAAUGUAAACAAUACUGAGGCACCAACUAAAUGCGGCAUACCAUAAUGGCCACAUAUUAUAGUUGCUGUGACUGAUAAUGGCCACCUUCAGCUGUUUUGAAAGCAACAAGGAGGAAAAGGAAUAAAUGUGUGCAAUUCCUUUCAGGUUUUUCCUUCACUGAUAUAUUUUAUAUUUGUCUGACCGUCUGCCUGUCUGUAUUCAAGUCCUUUGAGCUUUUUAUACAUGUCACUGCAUACACAUGUAUGUGUGUUUUGACACUUUAAUACUGGCAGCAAAGCUUCAAGAAAAAAUAUCUAAGCCGGCUCCCUCUACAGAGAACUGCUCUGUACUGAUAGGACUAAGUCAGGAGAUACCAGCAUUCUUUUCAUAACUCUGUAGGGGAAGAAAACUGCUAUUUCUAACCAUAGCAUAAUUCAUAAAUACACAAAAACACGCUAGGGUAUUCAUACAUAUACAUAUACAUAUAGUUCAGACAAUUUCUCUUUCACAAACUAAACUGAACAGGCUAAACUAUUCAUACAGUAAUCAAUGUAAAAAUCAUAACUAAAAAAUCCUGUGUGGAAAAAUUGAAAAACAUAAAGUACAUUAGAUGCUGUUUAGCUUUUGUGAAUGCAACUACUUUGCCUAAUGCAGACAGUACCUUGUGUUAUUUUGUGGCCCUAAUGAUCAAGCAUUAACAAACUAACUAAAACUGACUUUAUGUGCAUGUUACGUUCUGUUCUUUCAAUAAUUGCUGCAGUGUUGACUUUGUCAAUAAUGAGGAUAAUUAGAGGCUUGUCUCAAAAAAAGAGCACUAUACUGAGCACAGUAGGAUCUCUGUUGGAACUGAUGGUAUGCUGAGUAAUUCUGACAAAAGGCUAUCUCAUGACUAACAGCGAUAGAAAGAAUUCAUUCCAAUAAGUGCAGCACAUCAAACUGAAACACUAAGGCUUGCAGCGAGUUAUACACACCAUUUCUAAAAAUGCUGGGAUGUUCUUUAAAGUGUAAACAAAAACUGAAUUAAUUACUCAGUUACACUACAUUUAACUGAAAAGAGUAUAUCAGAGAUUUUAAUUACCUUUAGUAUAUAUAUAUUUUUUUAAUUUACUAUAAUAUUUUACUUUAUGAAGCAACCUUAUUCCAUUACAUUCAACUUUUUACUUUUUAUUUAGCUUUGUACUUAAUGACCUCUUCUGUGUUAUUUAAUCUGACUUAAUUUUUUGUAUUCUAAAACAAUUCUCAUUUUUAAACUGCUUGUGAAGGUGAGGAAGCCUCUUCCUGCUAAAAAGAACAUGGCACCAUCGCUGCAUGGUUGCAUCUGAACAAACUGCAAGAUGUCUGGAACAAUGUGCUUUGGACAAACGAGAGCAAGGUGGAGUUGUCUGGUGUACCACAGAAUGGCUAAAACAAAAAUGACCCAGUCAGUCGUCAGCCUGAUAAAGAUGCUGUAGCUGGACCUUAACUGAGCCAUGCAUUAACGAACAAAUAAGCAAAGCAAGAGCAGGUCAAAGUUGGUUCUACAAACUACUAAAUGAUGGGGUUUUCAAAGCUGUCUUUAGUCUAUUUAAAUUAAACUGUGGUUUCUUUUCUCCCCUCGGUGCAGCCAAAAUGCUUUGUUUAUGGUGUGAGCGUGAUUCAAACCAACUACCAGAUGUAUGUUAUCAGUUUGAGCUAAAAAAAAAACAAAAAAAAAACAACCCCAAAACAUUAUGUAGCCACGUAUGCUUUAUAUUCUCAAUGCAGGAAUGUACUGUAGAUCUGCACAAGUGAGUACAGGCCAGGAACUAGCUGUGAAAUGAAUGUAAAUUCUCUGUGUUCACAAAUAAUCCAGAACGCAGCACCUUCUUCUGUACUUACUUUUGUUGCUCCCGCCCCACACACAUCUGCCCAAUGAGCAGAGUGAACAUUCUCACACAGUUUGCAAUGAUGCAUUCUGGUUUUCUUGGAGUUCACUUGGAUUUGUUUUUCUAUGUGAAGGCAAACCUACAAGUUUGUAAACUCAUCAACUGAUUUUGACCAGAGUAAAGGAACUAUAGGUGUGAAAACAUUUUUUCACAGGACUACUAAGGUUUUGCAUGUCUUCAGUUCAAAAGAGGAGAAACAUGCUGAUAAACCCUACCCACUUUUAAGGCUUUUAAUUCAGUGAAAUUCCCACUGAAGAGAUCAACACAGGGCGAUAGUUUCAGUCAGAAAUAAGCCUAGUUCACAGAUUAAAAGGGUAUUUAUUUAAAUUUCAAAAAGUAGUUCUCUAGGGAUCUGUUAACAGAACAAAUAUUACUGAUGUGGUUGUGAUACUUUAUAAUUUAGCAUCCUUUUUAAUGAAUAUCUCUUCAUUUUAAAUUUAAUAUGUUCAUAAACUGAUUUGUUUACUUGUGCUUACAGACUGCUUUUGACUCCAAUUAGACUAAAGUUCAGCCCACAUAAUAAGCUUGUGCGUCAGUAAAUGACGCACACAGCUCAGACUGGGUGUGUCAAACACAAAAGUAUUUAAAGGUGCAAGAUAUGACAAUUUGGGAGCAGGAAAAAAAAAAAUGCAGCUUUUUCAUGACAGCUGACGUGCAUCAAAACGCUGCCAGUGUGGGCCUAUGUGGAAAACAAUGGAUAUGGGUGUUGUGAUGAACAUCAGUCAUACUGUGUAUUUGUGUGCUGCUCUUAAUUCUUUGCCAAUUUAAAUAACAAGCAGAAGCAUCGGGAUAGGGGCUGAGAUUUUAGAGUGCUGUCUGACCAGCAUAGCUAUUUCUUAUCAAGCAUUUAUAAUCACUUGUGUCUCUAAAGCCAGAAACAUCUCAUUUGGACUUCAUAUCAGAGAGUAUAUCUGCAGACUCUACGUCAUGGCCUGUUUUAAUUAAACAAAAAGCUCACGGGCAGGCGGUUUCCAUUCACCUUUUUCCUGACUAUUUACAGCUUCACAGCUGCAUGCCAUGGCCACAUCUGAGUGAACAUCAAAAUGUGUUUUAAUGAAAGGAUGCCAUCCUCAUGAUGACCCACCCAUUAUCACUCAGUUCCCCAGAUCAAAUUCUGAUGCCAAGGUUACAUAUGCCUGAGCAACUUAAUGAAAUAAAAACAAAUAUUUAAAUAUGCAUCAAUCACUGCCACCCUGUACUGCAUCCAGAGAAAACUAUAUUUCUCAUUUUCUUCGUCAUUGUGGUCAGUUCCUUUGAUAUAAGGUAGCAGAGAGUAGUCAGACUAGGAAACCAAAUGUGACAUGUUUCUCAAAGUUAGUCAUUUUCAAACAUUUACUCACUGCCUGCAAGCAGCAGCUGCCAACAUAUCUUUAAAAUGCAUAUUGAAAAGAGGCAGGGGAAGCUCUGUACACACACCAAAAGCAACAUUUUUUUGUAUCACAAGAAGGCCUCUGCUUCUGAUGGCCUGACAGUAUAAAAGUGAAAGCUAUUUAGACAGCAGCUUUCAGUCAUGCAGUGCUUAUUAAAAAACACUGCAUGACUUUUAAUAAGUGCAACAGCAAAAAUGCAAACCUACUAAAAAACAAAACAUGUGCCGUUAUGAACCAGUGAAAGUGAUCAAUACCGUUCCUGAGAGAAGCAAUAAACGCUAGUUAAAGCUCAUUAGUGUAUUCCCAUGAGCAAUAAACAAACAUGCCAUCAGUUAAGGAAUGUGUCAUUAGUACACUGAAGAAAACACACACACACACAAAAAGCAGAUGCCAUCUGUAACCUUUGAAUUGCUGAAGGAUGAAGGACACAGAAUUUCUUUCUGAAUGGAGAGCUUAGGAAGUUCAGCCAUAGCUUUAGGGAACUUGUCAUUUGUUCUCAUUGAUUGAUUUGAGCGGAAGUGAAGCCAAACGAAUCGAGUCACCGCUUGUUUAUUUCAUACUAAAGUAACCCAAGCUGCAAAGCUCACACUGCAGCUUGCAGUAUGACAUUUGAGGGAUAAAUAUUAUUUAAGUGAUAUAUCCGAAAACGCCGUGGCACAAGAACGUCUAUGUCAGCUUACUUCCACUGAUCAUAGCAACAAACUUAGACAUAUUACAUUAAGAUCUGUGGAUCAAACCAUGUGACUAUUGAAAGAGCUGCUGAAUGUGCUGCUGCACAUUAGAUUUUUUUAAGUUUUCACAUUAAAAACUUAAAGAGUCUAGAAAUGGAGCACUGAGGCCAGGCAAGGUGACUCCAGUGCCGAAUAGAAAUCCACCCAUACCUAAGGAACAUCAGGAGACAUGAUUAUGGUUAUAUGUUAAACUGGCCAGACAGUUGCAGAAUACCACAAAGGAAGCCACUCCUCUCCCAAAAUAAAAAGAACAACACAUAAAUUAUAACACUGAUAAUAAUUAUGUAAAACAAUUUUUAAUCACUGCUUUUGAGGUUUGGUUUUUUUGGCUGAUCAAACUUUUUUGUUUUGGAGAAACACUAAUGUAUGUAAAAAGGCAAGACAGAUGGGACGAGACCAGCCCUGAUGUGGUGACCACAGACGGUGGGAUUUGCCAGUUUGUAGCAAUGACAGGCUAAAUUAUUAUUAGCAACGAGACUCUGAGAUAAGAGGCUGAAACAGCUACGAGUGGGAGAAAAGGAUUACGCUCAAUGAUGGAGCCUGGAAUCUCCACUGGCGAUAAACUGUUAGCUAGAAAGUGAGGGGUGAUGAGUGACCUAAACUUAAGAAUAUAAAUCUGAUGAAGCUGUUCUGGGAGAAAGAACAGUCAGUUCAAAAUGUAUCCUGGAUGUUGUUUAGGUCUGAUCUGCAGCUACUGAAUAGUCAAAGUCGCUGCUGUUAAUAAAUCCAAGAGGUUCUCUCCCACCAGCACCGGCAACAUGUGCUUGCUCGCUUAUGUCUUGAUAAAUUUAGAUUAUGCUUGUUUGUGCUUGUGAUUUAGAUUAAGAUAAGAUCAGACUGUGGUACUUUAAUGAACAAAAAAUAAAUAAAAAUCAGCAAAAAAAACCCAAACAAACAAGGUAAUUACGAAAAGUUUCCUCUUAUUCUUGUUUAUUCUUGUUAAAAAGUGCCACCAAGCAGGUUUUCAUCCCCAACUGUUAUACAGUAUUCGAUAUAUCCUGAUGUAAUAUUUAAUGGAUAUCUGGUUUGUGUAGGCAGGAUGUGAGUGUUCAAACAAUGUUGUGGGCAUUUUUACUGAAAAACUCUGUGGGAAGUCAUUUUAGUUUGAUCUCGGGAACUGGUGUUAUCCAUCAUCGUGUUUUAAUUUGUAAACUAAACCGCUUGAUUUCUGCAAUUCAUCUCACGGUCAUGAAGAAAAAUGUUUUACUGGAAAUGAAAUUACAGACCAUGCCAAGUCAUUUGUUAUCUACUGAAAAUAUAUAUCCCACCUGUUGAGUUUACUUAAUUGUAAACCCAUUUUACAUUUAAUAAAUGAAAUUGUUUAAUUUUUAAUAGAGUUUAAUUAUUUUUUCUGGAUACUGUGGUGGAUAAACAUUUGGAGAAAGUAUUUUUUGCUUGGACUUGUUCUUUGCUUAACCUGCAGUUAAGCAAGAAUAAUCUAAUGUGCAAGAGGAAAUGAUAUACUCAAGAUUAAGAUGACCUCACUGUGGCUUCUCUUCUGUUACUCUACCUUUCUGACAGGCUUUCACAAGAGUUCCUAGUGAAGAUGGAUGUUUUGUGUGAACAUGUGAAAAACAAUAUAUAUCUCACAGUGACUAUUACCUCAUUUGACCUUUUCAUUCUCUUCAGAAAAGGUCAAGGUUCAGUUUGACACUGUCACCAUAUUAGGAAAGAUAAUAGCUUGAACCUGGGAGGUCCUUGGGGUGGGGUGGGGACCAUGCAACUUACACCAUGUUAGAAGCAGGUUGCUAUGAGGGAUGGUGUAUUGGUUCAAAAUAUGUUAAUAUAAGUUUUGUUUGUUUUUUUUUACCUAAAGCAUCAUUAGGGGGAAAAUGGUUUAAGACUGACAAAAGUGUCCUAUAGCCCCUCCCCCAGAGCAAAACUGCAAAAUAAUGACUUGCACCUCAUGCCCUGCUUUAGAUACACAUCUGAAUGCUGCAGGUAUCAGGUUUUGAAAGCAGUUACAGUAACAAUCACGAGUUUUGUCAACUCUAAAAAAAAUAAAUAAAUAAAUACUGGCACCCACCAGUGCUACAAGUACCUCUCAGACUCCUAGCAGAUUAAUUUGGAAGUACGCGGUUAAGUCCUUCUAGAGUUACCACGUUCACAAGAUUUUCAGAAAACGUGACCACUGACCUUCUCUUCCCUGGGAUUCAAACUAAAGAUAUUUUAGUAGAUGCAGUGAUACGAAUUUUCUAAAUCCUAUGUUACCUCAUUCUCGAGUUACAAACUUUGGUGUCUAUGCCGCCCACCCUUCAGGGUGACAACAAUACCCCAUCUGGCUUUUAUGGCUGAGGGUUAAAAACAUUUCCUUUCUCUCCACAUGGGAUCACUGUCUUUGCUGUGUUGCGGACUCUUCACAGUCUGUUCUGUGUGUGUGCAGAGCUGCAAGCUUCACCAUAAACUACCCAUAAUGCCCUUUUCAUUCCUGCUGUGCUAACUUUUUUAAUGAGCAAUAUACAGACUACCUAAUGCAAGAUGUGAAUCAACUGCCCCCAGCGGUAACAUUAUAGUGGAAUAGUAGUGACACAGUGAUAUAACAAAUAUUCAAUAGUUAAAUGUAAGCACAAAAGUAGCCUAGGGUAGAAAAGUGGGUAAAAUAAGGCUAUGUCUACACUAAUCCGGAUAAAUUUAAAGAUGGCGUUUUCUUCUAAAAACGCUCCGCGUCCACACUAUCGUUUUCAUCCACACGGAAAACGCCACGUUCCUGUACUACGAAUGUGUGAUACGUAAGACGAUUCGACCUGUGUCAUUUCCGUCUGCCGUUUAUUUACUUUCUGGCUCUACCAGAAAUGUUGUAUUUUGGGUUUGGCCUGUUAACCACGUCCUCAAGGCUUUCUUUUAAUACUGCUUAUUAUAAAACUCUUGCUCUUCCUGUCAUAUGAAGUGCAACUAACAAGUGUUCCAGUGAGGUCAUUUGUUUACACUGAAGUCAUAUAUCGCCAGCUGUGAGUGUCUCCUUCCAUGUAGCCUUGCUGUACUUGACUUGAAAGACUUUUCUGACAUUUCUUUUAACAAAGUUUUUAAAAUAAGAGAAAGAAAAAAAUGUAUAAAAUUCUAUCAAACAAGGUCAGGAGAGCUUCAUUGUCUUGACUGUAUUCAAUUGCUUUGUUGCUUUAUUUCAAUUGCAAGGCCCAUUUAGAGGUAGUAAAAAAAAAAACCCAAAAGGCAAAAUGUGGACGUGGAGAAUGCUGGUUAAUGAACAAGAUAGUAGAAAGACCAAAUGUACUUUUUUGUUCAUGGUUCUACCAUAGUGGAUAAAUUACACAGAACACUGGCUACUUUGCAUGCAGGGUCCCCCUCGGGAUGCUUACAGCACCAGACGUAUCUAUGAUUUACAGACAAUGACAGCAGCAUUAUCAGAAUGGGGAGAAAUUAAUAAAAAAAACAAACAUGGGAAAACAAUAAGAUAAGAGGAAAGUUUGCAAGUGUCAUUGUUGUCCCGAAUAGUAAUUGGCAAAUGCUCGGUCAAUCAAAACAUAUUCUAUGAGUUCAACAGAGUCCUACUAAAGUGGGUAGUGAACUGGAACCAUUCAAUUUCAGACUCUUAAUGCUCCUUUUGCUUGUAGCAAUACAGUGACAGUGUAUGCAGCAAGGAAUUACUUUAUCAAACAGCAAAUGCAGCUUUAGUGUGUGGUUUAACAAUAUGUGCAAGUCAACCCACAAUGCAGGCAAACCAAAUACUUGGUUAAAUGCAGAUUAAAGGUCAAUCACAUGUUUUUAUUUGUUUUGUUUUUUUUCCAAUUAUGUCAUUAUUAAAAGGUAAAAUCACAAAAUCCGAGAUGUGGUACAGAAGUUGAUUUUAGCAAUAGGCUGACAGAAAGAUUUAGCAUCCAUGUUCGAUGGAUUUACCAACAUGUCACUGAGAAUAUCCUGGCGCCCACUGCAAUUGUUUGCCACCUCCAACCUCCCCCCAGACCCUGAGGGGGACCCUAAUCUGGGGCACUCGUGUCUUCUGUCCAUAUAAAAGAGGACGCUUGUCCAUGACGAAAUGGACAGGUCUGCUGCGAAACUCAUCUGAAUCGGGGAGUAUUUUCGGGUUACACUACAAAUGUGACCUCACCAUUUUUGAUUCGCCCACAUGACCCAACGUCUUGGCCAAUGGCUUGGCGGCUUUUUGUCUCGUCUUGGUGGUAGGAAGAUAUAUUAUUUCGAUUCCGAUUGAUUCAUCUUUUGUUAACAGCUGAGGCGGGGGUCAUCUCUUUGGAACUGCGAUCAGGUGACUGGCUGGCUGGAAUACCACCGCACUCCUUCUCCUUCUGAGGACAUCCUACUGCUGGACCACCAGUUUUUCCUCCCCCAGCAUGGAGCCCACAAAAGUCCAGUCAGAGGGUGGCCUCAAUGUCACCCUGACCAUCCGCCUCCUCAUGCAUGGAAAAGAGGUUGGAAGUAUAAUUGGAAAGAAAGGAGAAACAGUAAAAAAGAUGCGAGAAGAGUUGCUGGUCUUCCAGAGUGGAGCGCGAAUCAAUAUUUCUGAGGGCAACUGUCCAGAGAGGAUUGUUACCAUCACCGGACCAACGGACACCAUCUUCAAGGCUUUUGCUAUGAUUGCCUACAAAUUUGAAGAGGACAUAAUCAAUUCCAUGAGCAACAGUCCAGCAACCAGCAAGCCUCCUGUCACCUUAAGGCUUGUUGUGCCAGCCAGCCAGUGUGGCUCCCUCAUAGGGAAAGGAGGCUCCAAAAUCAAAGAAAUGAGAGAGUCCACAGGGGCCCAGGUCCAGGUAGCAGGCGACAUGCUGCCCAACUCCACAGAACGUGCAGUGACAAUCUCUGGGACCCCAGAAGCCAUCAUCCAGUGUGUCAGACAGAUCUGUGUGGUUAUGCUGGAGUCCCCACCAAAAGGUGCCACUAUCCCUUACCGCCCAAAGCCCACCUCCACCCCUGUCAUUUUUUCUGGUGGCCAGGCCUACACAAUUCAGGGACAGUACGCCAUACCACACCCAGAUCAGUUGACCAAGCUCCACCAGUUGGCUAUGCAGCAAACCCCCUUUACCCCUCUCGGACAGACCACCCCUGCUUUCCCUGGUUUGGAUGCCAGUCCACCAGCCAGCACCCAUGAACUCACCAUUCCUAAUGAUUUAAUAGGGUGCAUUAUUGGACGCCAGGGCACCAAAAUAAAUGAGAUUCGACAGAUGUCUGGGGCGCAGAUCAAAAUUGCAAAUGCCAUGGAGGGCUCAUCAGAGCGUCAGAUUACCAUCACAGGGACCCCCGCUAACAUCAGCCUGGCCCAGUAUCUCAUCAAUGCCAGGUUCAGGGACGUGGCCGCCAUGUGGAAUGACCCUUCAUCCAUGACAACAUCCUGAAGUCGCCACAAAUCUGGUUCUGUUUUCAGAAGCUAACAUCAAAACCACAACUUCACGAUAAACCUCUAUGUGUUAUCCUGUGGGACUUUUGCUUUGCUAGUUGUGCAUAUAACUUCAGCUCUAGCCUGUAAGAGGCCUGUAUUGACACCGGGGUCUGUUUAACAAUCGAUGUAGCCAGUGUAUAGAUUAAAAAAAAUAGUUUUUACUUUGGAAAAUAUGCUUAUUCACUGUUUUUUGCAGAAAUGUUGACAAGAAAAUUAAUUACAAUUUCUGUGUCUUAAAUGGGAAGCAGCUGUUAUGUAAAGGAAACAAAUCCACCCAGAAACACAUCUAAAAGCGAGUGACUCAUUAGCUAAUCAAGGCUAUUAAUGGCAAGCUGUUGUCGUGGAUUUUUCCCUAGACUUUACAGGUAAAACCCAGAAACACAGAUACUAGUGCUAAUUAGUGCUAAGCAACAAACAAAGAUUUAUUUUGUUGAAUUUCAAAAACUAAUAUUUGGAGUCAACUUUUUUCGAUGGUCUGUCAGUACAAUCAAACAUGUCUAAACACACGUGAGGUAUCUGCAUUAAAAAUCCUUCAAAAGGAACCAAAAACCAACAUGGAUGAGAGGUCCAUUUCGGCGACUUGAACCACCACUUGUACCACCUCCAUCCAUCUUAUCAGAUCAGUCAGUUCCAUCGGCAUUUGGACCUCGCCUUGCUUAUAUAUUGUCACAGUUUUUUAUCCUAAUUUACACUGACAAUGUUGUGAAAUAAAUAUAUAUUAAUGAGAGAAUACUUUUACUUUCUCUCUCUUCUCUUUUUAAAAUUUCUUUAACCUUUUCAUGCAUGAAUCAUGACAACCUUAAUCAGUAUUUUUUUCUCAAGUAUUUUUAUUCAUCUUUAGGCAUGAAAAAAGAAUUUUAAAUUUCUUUUUUUUGAGAUUAG